AUGGUGACCUGGAGUGCAUUGGGACGAUCUUUUGGAAUAAAUUUAUUUAAAUCUCAUCUCAGGCAGCCUCAAACAAUUCAAAAUGUGACUUUGUCGACGAGUAACACCCUUAAUCAUGGACACAAAACCUUCGCUCUUCAACCGUCAAGAUGGCAGUGGCACAAAUUCAAGGAUAUGUUCCACUUAUAUGCCAUGGUUGGAUUGAUACCAGUUGGUGCUAUUAUCUUCUACACCAACGUGUUCAUUGGUCCAGCAACACUAACACCAAUACCUGAUGGCUAUGAACCACACCACUGGGAAUACCAUCGCCAUCCAAUUUCAAGAUUCAUUGCUCGUUAUAUUCAUAAUCCUCCACAGCAGGAAUACGAGAAGUUUUUGCACUACAUUGAUGAAGAGAAACAAAAAAUCAAGUUGCGAAAACUAGAGAAAGAAAUUCUGCGGAAGAUGGCUGAACGUUCAGACUACCAAGCAUACUACUACAAACCUCUGAUGAAUAAAUAUCUACGCAUUAACAAGAAGACUGGAGAGGAACUUGUUGACCGUAUUGGUGAUGAUUACCAAGAAUAA